GCUCCGGUUGCCCAGCACGGGAUGCGUGUGGCGCGUGUAGCUGUGGGGCCGCUGCGGAUUCUGUGCUAUGAGGGUAUCUGUGGCAGAGACGGAGCUUGCUGGCCGGAAGCUACAGUAGAAAAAGCACCAGGCAUGGAGUACCCGUGACGCCUGCGCUUUCAGCUUUGUAAUCUGUCUGGUGCGCGGUACUCCGCCGUUUGGAGCCUGAACUGUACUCGGGAAAAUGGAUUGAAUUUGAGACUGGUUGGCGAGGACUAGAACGUACCACGUUUACAAAGCGCCUUGCACCAGCUCACUCCGACCCCUUGCACAGGGAGCCCUCGGAGUCUGAGGCUGACUGGCACAGCAUACUCGCUGGGCAGCGCAAAGAACCUGGUGGGACUGGCCCAGCGUCAGAAUGCAAGCCCUCCAUCUUCAGCACCGCAGCCCCAGCAGCUACAGGGUCAAGGCCAGCGCAUCCUAUGUGGAUGAGACCCUGUUUGGCAGCCCGACAGGAACCCGGCCCACUCUACCAGACUUUGACCCACCCUGGGUGCAGAGUCGGAACAGAUCCAGAGGAGCCGGCCCAGGACCGCCGAAGGUCUCUCCAACCAAGAAAGUCUGUGAGUCCCCCUCUUCCAGGGGCAGUACUCCAAACCUCACCCCAAGGAAGAAAAACAAAUACAGGUUGAUUGGCCACACCCCGUCCUACUGCGAUGAGUCUCUGUUCGGCACCAGCAGGCAGGGGUCUCGGACAGCCGUGGAGGAUGCCGCCAAGCUCCGGACCCUUUUCUGGACCCCACCAGCCACCCCCAGGGGCAGCCACUCACCUCGCCCCAGGGAGACCCCACUGCGAGCCGUUCACCCAGCUGGACCCUCCGGGACAGAGCCCGGAGUGGCCACAGGCUCCCGGAAGGUGUCCCAGGAUGGGUUGGGUGUCCCCCGCCCUCUGGGACAGAGGCGUUCCCAUUCACUCACCCACCUAACUGUCCCCAGCACGGGGCAUCCGGCGUCCAGUGCUCCCCAGACCAACGGGCCUUGGAGUCCCCAGCCUUCCAUAUCAAGGGCGACUGUCCAGAGUCCCCUGGUCACUCCCAAGGUAUGCUCAGGCAGUGUCUCAGGGCCAGCCACCCCUCGGCGGGGGACCUGUCCCCGCAAGCCAAAGCCUCCUUGGAAAUGAGAUUGUUACCAGGAAUGCCUUUGGUUCAAAGCUAGGACUCGAGCUCAGGUAGGGUCCUCUGGAGACAAUGGUCCCCAGGGCCAACAAAUGCUGGAGAAGCCUCCAGGGGGCUCCAUGGUGAGGAUGGGUCAUAUUUUCCUUAGUCCCCACAAGCUCAGGAUGUCCCCAGCCUUCUCUGACGGGUGUUUGGGGUCUUUGAGUUGUCUCCUAGCUGUGUCUCAGCCGCCUUCUGUAUUGGUGCCAAGUCCUACCCAGCUCCCUGCAAAGGAUUCAGUUCCUACAGGGGUCUGGAGGCCUUGGGGGUGUCCUGGGCUGCUUAUGGACCCCAGGGGUGGAGCAUGGGGAGACGUUAUUUUAAUAUUCAUGUAUUUAUUCCGCGGAUGAAAUGUAUUUGUAUCACUGAAAUGGUAGUGUGUUACUUUUUCCCCCUUAAGUAAAGGCCUCGGUCAAUUUCAA